AUGGUUACACAUGAACAGAAUGUUGUCUUAUGUUCUUAUCCCUCUAAAGAUGAAGUAAAAAGGGCAGUUUUUGCUUUGGGGGGAGACAGUGCUAGUGGUCCAGGUGGGUUUACAGGUUUAUUCUAUCAGCAAUAUUGGGAAAUAGUUGGUAAUGAUGUCCAUGCUGUGGUUUUGGCCUUCUUUGAUGGAAAAGAGUUACCUAAAUCUAUUACUCAUACAAAUCUGGUUCUUAUUCCUAAGAAACAGACAGUGGAGACUUUUUCAGACAUGAGGCCUAUCAGCUUUGUUAAAGGAAGGAGUAUAUUUGAGAAUAUUCUACUCACUCAAGAGAUAGUCUCAGAUAUCAUAAUAAGGGGCAAGCCUGCAAAUGUGGUUAUUAAACUGGACAUGGCUAAGGUUUAUGACGGAGUAUCAUGGAAGUACCUAAUGCAUGUAUUAAGGAAAACGGAAAGAGCCAAAUAUACCCCUGUACUAUGA